AUGGUUGGUUCUUUGCUGUAUUUAUCUGUAACAAGACCAGAUAUCAUGUUUGCAAAAAAUUUACCGUCGAGAUUCAUGAAUUCUCCAACUGAAAACCAUCUUACAGCAGCCAAACGAGUUCUGAGAUAUGUGCGAGGGACUGCUGAAUUUGGUUUGUUUUAUAGAAGAUUAAAUGGUGUGAAGUUGUUGGGGUUCUCAGACAGUGAUUGGGCUGGUUUAUUGGAUGAUAUGAAGAGCACUACUGGUUUUUGUUUUUCACUUGGUUCUGCUGUCAUUUGCUGGGGAACAAGAAAGCAAGUUUCAGUUGCUCAAUCAACUACAGAAGCAGAGUAUGUUGCAGCAGCUAAAUCAAGCUAUUUAGUUGAGAAAGGUGUUAGUGGAUCUGAAUUUUCAGCAAGAAAAUCCAACUAA